AUGUCCAAGUUACUUCGCGCCGUCCCGGAUUCCAAGGGUGUGGCCAAAGCCCCCGUUCUUGACCGGCUGCGAGAUUCUAUAAUUCAGCCUCUGUUCCAAGGAAAGGAAGAAAAGCCGAGCCGGGCAGCAGAUUGUGCCAGCAGUGGUCCGCCCAAACACCAUGGAAAAGUCAUGUUGAUGGAAGAAAGAAGGAGGCGUCUCAAUCUUUUUGUGGUUCUCAUGUUCAUCCACCUUGAGCCGAAGAGAAAUUCACGGUCAGGUCAUCAACAUUUCACGACGACGACGACGACGACUCCGCGAAGAGUGUUGCUGGACACCGGGGCCGAUUUCAACCUGAUCUCUGACGACGCUCACACGGAGCUCAACCUGACCAAACAGCCAUACAGUGGCCGCGUGCAUUCGAUUGGUGGAUACACCGAUCUCAGCAGCACCGUCGUCCUUCAGUGGCAUUUCCAGCGUUACAGUUCCGAAGCAGAUCGGAGUUCGCCGUCCCAUCGUGCGCCGUUUUAUGUUCUACCACCAGAAUCCGAAGCCAAAUUCGACUGUAUCCUCGGCCGACCCUGGAUCGAGGAGAACUGGGAUGAAUUCAUCACCUUGGUCGAGCUCAACCGAAGAAAAGAGGCCGCAGGGUAG